GUAGCCUCCGGCUCAAUGGACUAACUGUUAUGCUUUGCAGCGUUUCGUAAGCGCUGCAGUUCGCACUCACAUGGAAAAGUGAAGGAAGGUUUCUACUUGUUCCUCUGCAAACGCAACCCGCUAAUCACUCCGGCACAGCGAUCUGAACAUGGCACGGACUUCGGGGUUGUUUGUUAGCUGUUGGCUGUUUUUUCUUCUCUCAUUCGGCGCGGACGGGGAGCGCAGCAGGGAGAGAGUUUAUUACAUGGGGAUCAUUGAGGACUUGUGGAAUUACGCACCAAGUGGAAAAAACCUGAUUAACGGGAAAGCCAUCGAAAACGAUGAGCAUGCAGCUAUUUUCCUGCAAGGAGGGCGUCACCAAAUUGGAAGUGUUUACAAGAAGGCUAUGUUCCGACAGUACACAGAUGCUUCUUACAGUCACCUGUCUCCUCGACCUGAUUGGCUGGGCUUCCUGGGACCCAUAAUACGUGCUGAGGUUGAUGACAUCAUCGUGGUCCACUUGAAGAACUUUGCAACCAGGAACUACUCCAUGCACCCCCAUGGGGUUUUCUAUGAGAAGAAUACAGAGGGAGCAUUCUAUCCAGAUGGGACAUCAGACAACUUGAAGAAAGAUGACUGUAUCCCUCCAGGAGGCAGCUAUACCUACCGCUGGGAAGUCAAACCUGAAUUUGCCCCCACAGAUGACGAUGCCAACUGCCUGACCUGGAUCUACCACUCUCAUAUUGACGCCCCCAAGGACAUUGCCUCAGGACUGAUUGGGGCCCUGCUCACAUGCAAGAAAGGAGUCUUGAAGGAGACUAAUGAACUAAAUCCAGCUGAGCGAGACUCUGUCGUAGAGUCCGCCCGCAGUGAUGUGGACCAGGAUGUUUUCUUAAUGUUCAGUGUGGUGGAUGAAAACCUGAGCUGGUACCUGGAGGACAACAUUCAGAAAUGCUUUGAUCCAGAUGGAGUUUUCCCAGAUGACCCAGACUUUGAAGAGUCCAACCUUAUGCAUGCUAUUAAUGGGUACAUGUUUGGUAACCUGCCUGGAAUCACAUUAUGUCAGCACCGUGCAGUAGCCUGGCAUUUGAUUGGCAUGGGUAAUGAGGUAGAUAUUCAUUCUGCCUUUUUCCAUGGGAAUACUCUGCUGGACCGUGGUCACCGCACUGACGUCCUCAGCCUGUUCCCAGCCACGUUUGCAACAGCUGAGAUGGUCCCAAAAGCAAAUGGAAAGUGGCUGCUGGCCUGCCAGGUUAAUGACCACUUACAGGCUGGGAUGCAGGCCUUUUAUCAAGUGAGGUCCUGUAACAGUGACGCUGGCUCCACAGCAGCAGGCAGUGUUGUAAGAGAUUACUACCUGGCAGCAGAGAAAGUCCUCUGGAACUAUGCUCCCUCAGGAAGGGAUCUGAUUAACAACAAAUCCCUUACUGAAGCAGACAGUGCAUCAGAGAUGUUUUUUGGCAGAGAUGGCGGAAGGCUCGGAGGUCAGUACAUGAAAGUGAUAUACAAAGAGUACACCGAUGAUACCUUCACCACUGAGAAAUCAGCUAAUCUCGGACAUUUAGGAAUCUUGGGUCCAGUCCUGAGGGCAGAGGUGGGAGACACUCUCAGAGUAUCAUUCCUUAAUAAGGCUGAUGGAAACUACAGCAUCCAGCCUCAUGGCCUUCAUUAUGAUAAACACUUCCAGGGAAGCAGCUAUGAGGAUGGUGUUGAUAAGCCAGGCUCCCACGUUGGUCCAGGUGAGAAAUUCACUUAUACCUGGCAGGUGCUGGAAGGCCCAUCUUUGUCUGAUUCUCCCUGCAUCCCUUACCUCUACUACUCUGCCACCGAUCCUGCCAAGGACACGAACUCUGGAUUAGUUGGACCGCUUCUUGUGUGCAAGAGAGGAGCGCUGGGGGAAAAUGGAAGACAGAAGGAUGUGGAUAAGGAGCUCUUUCUUCUUUUUUCUGUCAUGGAUGAAAACAUGAGCUGGUAUUUGGAUGAGAACAUUGAGACAUUUGGCAGCAAUGAGACAGAUCCAGAGCACGAGGACUUUGAGGAGAGCAAUAUGAUGCAUGCUGUAAAUGGACGCAUGUAUGGGAACCUUCUUGGACUGGAGAUGUGUUCAGGGGACAAAGUUAGGUGGUACACGUUUGGGUUAGGUACAGAAGUGGACAUCCACGGUGUUUAUUUUGAAGGAAACACCUUCAAGAAACAAAGCACAACCCGGGACACUCUCAGCCUGUUCCCUCACACCACCGCCACUGUCGUCAUGCAGCCAAACGUUCCCGGUGUGUAUGAGGUGAGCUGCAGAGUAACAGACCACUACUCAGCUGGCAUGAGGCAGCAGUAUAAAGUUAAACAAUGCCCAGGAAAAAAAAUAAAGCACAAAGACACAGAGCCAACCAAGGUUGUGCGCUAUUUCAUCAGUGCUGAGGAAAUAGAGUGGGACUACUCACCUAAGAGAGAUUGGGAGCUGGAGAAACACCACGGCACACCAGAGGACAGUCCAGGCAGCAUAUUUGUGGAAAAAGGGAAGGACAGAAUUGGCUCACGUUAUAAGAAGGUGGUGUAUAGAGAAUACACUGAUGACACCUUCAGCAUUCAGAAGAAAAGGCAACCCAGCCAGCAAUACUUAGAGAUUCUGGGCCCAAUAAUCAAAGCAGAAGUAGGAGAGCAGAUCGUGAUUGUAUUCAAGAACAGUGCCACCCGGCCAUACUCGAUUAGCGCACAUGGAGUUAGAGCCAGUGGUGGACACAUUCCUGUCAAACCUGGCCACUUUAUCGAGGUAACUUGGGAUGUUCCUGAAAGCUCUGGUCCAGGGAUCUCAGACCCUAACUGUAUAAGUUAUGCUUACUACUCCAGCGUUGAUUUCAUUAAGGAUCUGUACAGUGGUCUUCUGGGGCCUCUGGUGAUAUGCAGGCCUGGGACGCUGAUGCCUGGGGAGGGUCCCGACAGACAAAGGAGCGACGUGGAGAUGGAGUUUGCUCUGCUCUUUAUGGUACAUGAUGAAAACGAGUCCUGGUAUUUGAAAGACAACAUCAGAACAUACCUCGGCCUCGACCCUGAAAACUUCACAGCAGAUGAAGAGUUUAUGGAGAGUAACAUGAUGCAUGGGAUCAAUGGGAAGCUGUAUGGGAACCUCCAUGGUCUAGAGAUGACUCAGGGCCAGAAAGUUGACUGGUAUCUACUCGGCAUGGGCAAUGAAGUGGACAUGCACACUGUUCACUUUCAUGCUGAGACUUUUACUUACAAGAUGGACCGUGUGCACCGCGCAGACGUCUUUGAUCUGUUCCCCGGGACUUUCCAGACUGUGGAGAUGGUGGCUGGAAACCCAGGGACAUGGUUGCUCCACUGUCAUGUUACUGACCAUAUCCACGCUGGCAUGGAGACCACUUUUACUAUCAAAGUUCCAGAAAAUUCCUCACAUGGAAGUGAAAGCUCCAUAAAGAUGCUGCUCUCACUACUUGUUCUACUGGCUGUAGGUUAAUGACGAGGGACUCUGACAAUGUGGAUUAUAACUGUGGUCACUGAUGCACUUACAAAACACAGAGUAUGUGUCACUUCUGUGUUUGACGGAGGCGAUGUAUGUAAAUAUCAAGCAAGGUCAAGGGCAGCCAAAUUAUAUGUACCACUGUACAAUAAUGUAUAAUAUUCAAGAUGAUUUUAUUCAUUAGGAUGAAGGAAAUGAAGCAUUUUACAGUUGUGGAUUGGUUCUGCACUGCUGUGUUUUCUGUCAUUUUGCACUGUGUUGUGUUUUUUUUAAGCUCUACUGUACCAAAUAUUAGAUUUCAACAAUGAAUGUACAAUAAAGACAUUUUUCAGCA